AUGUCCUCGUUCUCCCCACCACAUCACAAACCCAUCGUCGCCCAAGACGCCAUAGCCGAAGACUCAACCACCAAUCGCCUCGUCGACCACAACGAUGCCAUCCUCCAACAACAAGCCAGCGACAGAUCCAACCUUAUCAAAAAUACGCACAGUGCUUCUCCAUCAUUUAAAGAAACAAGAAUAUUCUAUUUCGCCUAUGGCUCAAACCUGUCACCCACGCAAAUGCGUCUGAGAUGUGAACAUGAUCCGUCAACGUCGGGUCGGCCACUGGCCAUUGCACGGAUUGAGCGGUGGCGAUGGCUGAUUUGUGAGAGGGGGUAUGCUAAUGUUGUGCCUCCAAAGGAGUGGAGGGUUGGUAGGCAGAUUAGUCAUGGAGAGCUGGUAUCAGUAUCUUCUUCUGCGGGAACAGAACAGGCAGAAGAAGAAGAAGAGAAUGAUGUUGUGUUCGGCGUAUUGUAUGAAAUGACACCGGAAGAUGAAUAUCUCCUCGACGGCUAUGAGGGCGUCGAUCAUUCAGCGCCAGUAUCGCAAUACGGCGAUAGAAUUCCUAUUGCUAUCAGGCCCCGAGAACAGGAACAUGGUGCCUAUAAUAAGUGGUACGUCCCCGCGAAAGUUACAAAGUGGCUUGUUUCGGAAGAAGCGGCGAAUGAAGAGCAUGAUAUUACGGCCUUGGUUUAUGUGGAUGAAAAGAGAGUUACGGUUGGAGCUCCGAAGUUUGAGUAUGUAGGUAGGAUGAAUAGGGCGAUUACGGAGUCCUUGGAGUUGGGCAUGCCGGAGAAGUGGGUGCAAAGUGUGGUGAGGAAGCAUAUUCCUGAAUCCUAG